UGAAGCCGUGCGCGUGCCACCACCUGGAAAUCAGUCCCUCUCCCUUUAAGUGGGAGGUGAGCGCAGGGCGCCGCGGCCGCGGACAGCACAGCGCGUGUUGGAGCCCAGUAGACACGGAGGCACCGGAGCGAGAGCAGGUCUGCGCCGCGCUCCGCCUUUACGCACCGCACCGCACCGCACCGCACCGCGCCGCGCCGCGCCACGAUUCCGCCUCUGCGGCUCCUCUCCACGGUGACGGACGCGAGCCGAAGCCCCGCACCGAGCGGCUAAGAGCUAAAGCGGGACAGGAAGCGGAGCAGGACGGAAGUUUGUGGUUGUCCCUCUCGCGGAGCGCUGCGGGCGCAACCGGCAACCGAAUGGUUGAGCCCAGCCCUCCAGCACUGCACUGCCUCUCUAGUGGGGAUGUCAGCAUGGCAGGUGUCGGAGUCAAAGUAGAGCAGGAGGAGUCCAGCCGAGGAGGCAGAGCUCCUGCUGCCGAGCCCCCCAGAGCGUCUCCCCUACGGACCUGGUCGGUCGGCCAGCCCCUGGAGGCCCGGCAGCUCACCCCACCGCUGUCCCGCUCCCCCUCGGAGGGUUCUCCAGGCAAGGAACCUCCUCACAGGCAGAACCUCGCCGAGGCCAAGCCGCAGGACCGGAAGCAGGAGGCAGAGGGUGCAUCCAGCUUCAAGGAAGUAAUGCCGACCAUUGAGAAGCUGCUGAAUGCUGACUGGAAGGAGAAACUUCUGGAUAAAAGCACAGUGGGAGCAGGACAUCUCAAAGGUACCACCGAGUCCCUGGCCGAGAAGGAGUUCCAGCUGCUGAUGAUGAUCAACCAGCUGAGCGGCCUGAGGGAGCAGCUGCUGGGAGCCCACUCGGAGCAGAGGAACAUGGCCGCGCUGCUGCUGGAGAAGCAGCAGCAGCAGAUGGAGCUGGCACGACAGCAGCAGGAGCAGAUCGCGAAGCAGCAGCAGCAGCUGAUCCAGCAGCAGCACAAGAUCAACCUGCUUCAGCAGCAGAUCCAGCAGGUGAACAUGCCGUAUGUGAUGAUCCCGGCGUUCCACCCCAGCACUCAGCCGCUGCCAGUCGCCUCUGACUCCCAGAUGACGCUGCCGCUGCAGCCCAUCCCCUGCAAACCAGCUGUGGACUAUCCCAUGCAGCUGCUGACGAGCACUCACCCCACGUCCGUGAAGCGGAGCGGGGCUUCCUACCGGCAGGAAGCCAGUCAGCCCUUGAACCUGACGUCCAAGCAGAAGGGGCUGGAGCUGGGGAAGGCUCCCAGUCCACACAGCCUGGAGAUGGGGCCGCUGGCGCUGCCGGGAGGCUACAGGGCCCGGGAUGUGCACAGAGAGGUGUCCCACAGCCCGCCACGAUCCGCCCUCAGUUUCCUGGGGGACGGGGAUGUAGUCACUCAGGCCAUCCACGAUGCCCAGCAGCUGCUGAGAAGUCACGCUAGUGGGAAAACGGAGCAUAAAGCUUCUCCUCGUAGAGAGAGACUCUCUCAGUCGGAGCGGAGUGACGAGCGGCUGGGCGUGCCGUCCACCGAGGACCACCUCAGCAGCGACUCUGAGGGUGCCCUGCCCGUCUCGGUCCCAGGCAGCUACGCUGAGGCCCGGCCCCCUCCCUCCUCGGGCCACAUCAAACGGCCCAUGAACGCUUUCAUGGUGUGGGCCAAGGACGAACGCAGGAGGAUCCUGCAGGCCUUCCCUGACAUGCACAACUCCUCCAUCAGCAAGAUCCUGGGCUCCAGGUGGAAGGCCAUGUCCAACCAGGAGAAGCAGCCUUACUACGAGGAGCAGGCCAGGCUGAGCCGGCAGCACCUGGAGCGCUACCCGGACUACAAGUACAAGCCCCGGCCCAAACGGACCUGCAUAGUGGAGGGCCGGCGGCUGAGGGUGGGCGAGUACAAGGCCAUGAUGAAGAGCCGCAGACAGGAACAGAGGGUCACAUAUUCACACAGUCAAACGGAGUCUCAGCAGGUCCACUACUCCCACAGCGACACCCAGUACCAGGGCACCUCUGGCUCGGUCUCCGUGGCAACCAUGCCCUUCCACCCUGCGCUGCUGGAGCAUUACCUACCGCAGGUGUCCACCGGCCCACGCCGAGGCGAAGGCCACGUCACGCCCACCUCGCUGCCCAGAGAGAGGGACAGGGAGCGGCCGCCGUACAGCGAGGGGGAGGAGAGCGAUGGGGGAGAGAGGAGUGAGGGGGAGCUGGUGCUGCUCACGGACUGAGGGGGGGUGGAAGGACCAGGAACUGUAACAUAGCUCUGUGAAACGCGCACACAAGCACACACGCACGCACAUGCACACAUAUAUACGCACAAACACGCACACACACACAUACACACGCACACACGCACAUACACACGCACACACACACACACACACACACACACACACACACACACACACACACACACACACACACACACACACACACACACACACAGCUGUUAACCUGCCCAUUUCCCCUCAUAGACAUCGUCUCACCUGCUGCAGACGUGACACUGUAGCUGUAACACAGAAGGUUCAUGGUUUGAGCCCUGUCGUCACACACAGUGAGGGUGAGGCUCAGUGCAGGACGGUGUUGAAACUGUCACUGUGUCUCAGAACCUCUGCUUGUUUGUGCUGCACAGUUGAGCGCUGGAGCAACAGGUGUGUGGCAGGGCUGCACGCUGCAGCGCUGCCCCCUGCUGGGACUGGGCAGACAUGCAGCAUCAUGGGAAGCUUUCAGAGAAGUAACUGUCAGCUUGCACGUGUUACUGGAACUAGACAUAGUGGAGAAAACUGUCAAAUAAGAAGGCGGCGCAGACAUUGUCCUCCCUGAGCUAAGCUAAGUCAUGUCCUCAUCUCUAGCUGAGCUCUCUCUCACAGCACACUGUGGCUCAGACGAUAGACCCUCCCUUCCAGGUGAGCUGCGCUGUAUGAUGUUGUAUCACUGUGUGUAUGGCUUAUCUAGUUUUUCUAUCUCUGCGCUGGCGUUUUUUUAAUUUAGAUAGUUGCGUCGACCACCACUCCCUACUGUGUGUAUUCAGUGUGUCUGUGUCCAGCUUCAAAAGAAUUUCUCCAGUGUUUAAGUCUCAUCUUGUUUAAGUAAUAUUUUUAUGUUAUACAUUAAUUAGCUGCAUUGGUUUAUGGGAACACGAGUAGUUUCCAAAAACGAGCAGGAAACUGCCAUGUUUAGUCAGAAUGUGUCUCUUCAGUCUCCAUGUUCCAUCACCACAUGUUCCCAGAUGGAGGCAGGCAGCUGAGCUAGAUAACAGCUGGCUAACAUCUGGUGCAGUAACAGCGUUUUGGGAAAACCCUCUAUGUUGACUUCUCAUUGCACAGAUAAUCAAUGAUUUUCAGUAAUUGUUAAACAGUGACCUCAUCAAUUUCCACUUCAUAUGUUUAGUUUAGGGGAGUUUGUGAAUAUGAAUAUUUAUAUUCCACUGUAAUGCUACAGCUAGAAGCUGAAAAACUGUAGCCAACAUCUCGGAGGCUGUUGUUUUUCUCCAGUCAUAGGAAACACAUGGAACAUGCGGAGGUGAAGUUCCAGCUCGUUUCCAUUCUAGUGAAGGUGGUGAUGGAAUAAUAGUGUGAAACAACACAAACGCGUGUGCGCAUGUACCAGCUUCAGACCACUCACUGCAGCGUUGACAAAUCAGUGGCUGCUUGUACGUACAGGGAUGUCAUUUUAUUGGAGACACUGAGAAGGGACUCACCUGUUGCUGCCCCUGCUGAUGUAAAUACAGAAAGAGACUUUAUUUUGUUUAUAUGAACCUGUGUAAUUUAAAGGUGUACAUUUCUAUGUUUUCACACUUUUGUGUUGCUUUCUUCAAAGACAAUAAAUUGGUUGUGUUACUUGUA